UCUUCUUCCCCCAGCAUGCGCUUAAACCUUUAUAUGAGCUAAGCCGUCUCCUUAAAUCUCCCCAUUUCCACAAUAGUACAAAUCAGCCAUGGCACAAGCAAAUUCCAAAAUCACUCUCAAGCUACUCAUCGAUGCUCGUAGCAACAAAGUACUCUUCGGCGAGGCUGGUAAGGAGUUCAUAGACUUUCUAUUCAGCCUUCUCACACUACCACUUGGCUCUGUCAUCAAGCUCCUCUCCCCUCCCAAGAUGAUUGGAUCCAUCGGAAAGCUUUAUCAAAGCGUUGAAAAUCUCAGCGACACCUAUCUCUUUGCAAACAGUGACAAAUCUACUCUGCUUCAGCCCAAAGUCUCCACAUUUAAUGUCGCAAGUCCUCUGCUUCUUGGCGCCGAACCCGUUACAGAACAAAAGUACUACAUCUGUACUAGUUGCGAUGAUAGAAUAACCAAUAAGAGUAAUAUCAUGUGCCCACACUGCAAGCGGGUGAUGUCUGAUGAAAUCGAGUUUGUGGCGCCAUACAUGAAUCAUUCACGUUCUUCUGGAGUGAAUAAAGGACAGAUUGCUAAAGGCUUUGUAAAGCAGGUGAUCACUUAUAUGAUUACAGACGAUUUGGAAGUAACACCAAUCUCUGCAAUUUCCAGCGUCACUUUAAUCAAUCGCUUUAGCAUGAACAAGGACGUCCAACUAGAGGAAAAAGUGGUCGACAUCGGCAUGGAAGAGGGACUUGCUUUGCUGAGGGCAUCAUUGGAUUCUCCCACUGUGCUGACUGAUGUUUUCUGUUCAUCCAAUAAGAGAGCAAAAGCUUCUUCGUCUUCUGCAGGGAAAAAAAUUGCGUGUAAGCAGCGCUGAGAGAACGAUGUAGGGAUUAGUAUUUAAUCCAUCCCGAUAUUAUGCGUAUUUUGCUGCAAAAGCUUCUUUUGUUUCAGGGUUGCUAAUAUGUAAAUGCUUCAAGGGGCAAUGCUGAUUUGCCUGCUGAUCGAUGCCUAUAUGCCUUUAAUGCACAAUCUUAAUUAUAUAAUUAUCUUUUGUACCUAAAUUAUUUGUUUAAUGUGCAGUCAACUAGCUAGCGCAUCAUCUCCUUAUGAACAAUUAUAGCAUUU